AGUACUGGAGUCAGUGCUGAGCAAACUUGCCAGAUAUGAUGAGGGAUCAUUCUUUUCUUCAAUAUUAUCACUAACAAAACAAGUGAAUGAGCUGGGCAAAGCUUAUGUUGAUUUCAUGAGAGGAAAUCUGGACAUUUUGAGGCAGAAAAUUGCAGACGAAUUAUUUAGUCUCUCUAUAUUUGAGCAAUGGUACACAGGUCAGAUGAAGAUGAUCUGCGAUUGGUUGUCCGACCGGCUGGAACUGAGUCUCCACCCCUACCAGUUAACCUGUGUCAUGACCAUCAACAGGAAAUGUUUCUCUGACUUUGAGCUGCAAGGUGUCCCAGAGAAUGCACUCAAUGCCAAAACCUACCAGACCAUCUGUAGCAGACUACAGGUUGAGGAGGCCACACAAUCUGUAACUCAGUCAGAGAACAGCAGCAAGACUUCAAGAUUCCUGGGAGGUGGGGGUAGCUCCAUGGGGGGAGCCAGCAGUGGUACUGGGAGCCAGGCCAGUGGUGACGAGUCUGACUGAAGGAGAGGCGGGGUUUUUAUGAUGGAGGGAUGGAGUUUCGAGAGGGAAGGGUGCGGAUUUAUGAGGAAAGGGUAGGGUUCUAUGAUGGUGGGUCUUGAGGUUAUAAGAUGAAGGGGUUGGGGCU